AUGGAAACUAUUAAUAGUGAGGAAUGUGAAGUACAACGUCGAAUCAAUAAUAGAUACAUUCGAUAUGCAUUGUUUUUACUUUUUCUCUCGGAUUGGAUAAAAAAAUUAUUGCAAAUGGUUCUGCAACUAAAUUUUACUAUUAUUUUUGAUUAUUUGUCCUAUGCUUAUCAUUUAUGGCAAUUAAAUAUAGCAUUCUUUACUCCUAUAGCUAUCAUCUGCCUAUUAGGAAUACCGAAAUUCAGUAUUAUCCUUCAAAAAUGUUUUCUCAUGACGAAAACAAUAGUGAAAUCAAUGAUAAAAAAUCCCAGUCUUAUUGAAGUACCAAUUUACAUGCUCCUAUUUGCAAUCAUUUUUAAAUUUUAUCCAUUUCAAUCGAAAUUAGAUGAUCAAAACAAGCAAUCUACGACACAAUUUAUUACAAAGAAUAUGAAUUGGAUAGAAAUUCAAAACGAUUUGAUAAACUAUCGAUUUUUCUAUCUAAUAUCUUCUGUUCUUUUUCUAUUUGGUAUUUAUAGUAUUUUGACUAAUCGUUUGGUCUAUCGAUGUUCGAAAACAAUUCUAUCAAUAUUUAUGACGCAAAUGAAAAAUCUGUAUUCAAUUCUAUCGAUAACAAUUCCAAUACCACUUUCAUGGUUAAUUUUAUUUUUUCUAAAUAUGGCUCCUCAAUUAUUCUCUUAUGUAAUUAUUCGCUCGUAUCACAUUAUGAUCAAUUCUACAUUCAUACUGAUCAUUCUUGUUCUUGUAUGUCUCUACAAAAGUUACCAAUGGUUAAAUCCUGAUACAAAGUAUGAAAUUGACUUUACAGGCAAUAUUUAUCUUGAUGAUGUGUCUCAAUUGAAUAAAACUUGUGUAUCGUCGAUUUUUUAUCCACGUACAGUCAAUGAUAUUCAAUAUUUAAUUAGUGAAGCUCGAUCGAAAAAUAAAACCAUAUCAAUACGAGGACAAGCUCAUACGAUGGGUGGACAAACAUUACCAUCUCGAAAACGGUCAUCGACAAAUUAUGUUUUUGAUUUAAAAUAUAUGAAUCAUGUUGAAUAUGAUAGUAAAAAUCAAGAAGUUUUAGUUCAAUCUGGAGCAACAUGGGCACACGUUAUUCAUAAUCUCAAUUCCUAUGGUCGAUCACCGGUAGUUAUGCAAAGUUAUUGUACGUUUAGUGUAGCUGGUACCAUAUCGGUUAAUGCACAUGGUAUAACGUCAGAUGAUGCUAUGUAUAAUUCAGUAAUCAGCAUUGAAUAUAUUGAUAUUGAUGGGAAACAACAAGAAUGUAAUCGAGAGAAAAAUCAAGAAAUGUUUUCAUUGAUCAUUGGAGGAUAUGGACUUUUUGCAAUAAUUACUCGAUUGCGAUUAAUGACUGUACCAAAUAUAAAAACAACAUUGGAAUACAUUCGAUUACAAUCAGAUCAAUUUCCAACUCUAUAUGAAGAAUAUCUAGAUGAUACAACGAUUGAAAUAAAAAUUGCUCGUGUCGAUCUUGUACGUCCAAAUAAUAUUCUCAUGUUUAUUUUCCGUCGGCAAUUAUCAACUAUAGGUACAGUUGCUGAUUUGGAUGAAGAAGCACGUGUUAUGCAACCGCGUCAACAUUUGAUCUACACUUACCUUGCGCAACAAAGGCUUUUUCGACGAAUUCGUUUUGCUCUAGAAAAAAUCUUUGCACGUCCACUCGACUUAUCUCUAUCAACAGAUCGUAAUACAACAAUGUAUGAGUCUGCAAAGCCAAUGGCUAUUCUUUAUCAACCGUUGACAAUAUAUAACGAUACAUUUAUCCUACAAGAAUAUUUCAUACCGAAACCAUACUUUCAACACUGGUACGAUAAAUUGAAAUUAAUUAUUGUAGAAAAAUAUAAUCAUGUUUUCUUAUUGAAUUUAACAAUACGUUUUGUAAAAAAAGAUCAAACGACAUUUUUAUCAUAUACAAAAAAUGACGAUUGUUAUGCAUUUGUGUUCUAUUUUCGUAUUACAUGUAAUGAUUCAGGUGAUCAACAAGUGCGUGAACUUAAUCAAAAACUUAUUCAAUUAGCAUUCGAUUGCCAUGGUACAUUUUAUUUACCGUAUCGUCAACAUUAUACAUUUGAACAAAUGUCAAAAGCAUAUCCAAUGAUCAAUGAAUUUUUCGAAAAGAAAUUAACCUAUGAUCCGAUUGAACUUUUUUCAAAUGACUGGUAUGAAAACUAUCAACAACAAACAACCACCACCAUAAGUCGAACAACACAUAUGAAUUUGUUACCCAUUGAAAAAACGGAUUUAAACACAGAUGAACCCUCCAUGGUUGAACAACGGCGAAUGCGUUCAUUUCAUAAUGUUAUCACGGAUGAUGUUUUGAGAGAAAAAUUUCGUAAAUUUCUCCAUACUGUAUUCAAUGCAGAACCGGUCUAUGUAAUUUUUAAUUAUGUCAAUCGUGCUGUUCGAAAUUCUGCCAAUCAAAAUGAUCAUGAUGUCUAUCGAGAUUUACAGAAGUCGCUUAGAACAAGACAAUUUGCUUUUAUUCGAGGUAUAUGGGCACUUGCCAAACAAAUUGUACAAUUACGACUACAAGUAAAAGAUCUCGUACGACAACAGAUCACUAUCUUCAAACAUCUAGGCUAUUGUGGAAAAAUCAAAAAUAUCGUUAGUAUAGGCGACGGCGGUCGAUGCAUCAAUGAUUUACGUCGAAUAUUGAAAAUUAAAGAUGGUCAAGUAUAUCUUAUCAAUGAUAAACAACGUCUAGCAGAUAUUAUCGAACGAAAUAGUUUAUUUCCAAUUGGAACUUUUAUUCCAUACGAUUUCAAAAAUCUCACCGAUAUACCAAUUCCAAGUGAAUCUACUGAUCUAGUUGUUUGCUAUAUGGGUUUACAUCAUUUACCACAAGACCAAUUAGAUUUAUUUUUCAAAAUGAUCUAUCGUAUUCUUCGUCCAAAUGGUCUCUUUCUAUUUCGAGAACAUCAUGCUCGGAAAGAAUUGAUUCCAUUACUAGAUGUUGCACAUAUGGUGUUUAAUGCUGUCACUGGUGUUGAUUAUGAAUCUGAAAUAAAUGAAAUUCGAGCAUUUCGAACGAUCGAACAAUGGCGUUCGUGUUUAAGACAUGCUGGAUUCGAGGAUACAUUUGUUUAUAAUGAACAAGAAGAUGAUCCAACGGAUGAUAUUAUGAUUGUUUUUCGAAAACCAACACAAGAACAUCAAGUUAUUAAUGCGGAUUGGAAUGAAAAUUAUCAAAAAAUUGUUGCAAAUCCAGAAUCGAAUUGUUUUCGACCAUGUGAAUGGUUGAUUGUUCGAAUUUGUAUGCAAUUUGGACAAUAUUUAAAUCAUACACCAUUCUAUUAUUUUCCGUUUGUCAAAUUUCUCGUACAUUUUUGGUCAUUGUUUCUGACUGAAACUAAUUUGUCAAUAAAUAAAUAUGGUUUACAGACAACACUUCUCCGAUCGGCUGGCUUUCAAAUGAAUAUUUUUGUUGGUAUAUUUAUGACUAUAUCAUUUCUACCUUUGAUUGUUUCAUCGUUCUUUGUACGAUUUUUCUCACCUCGAAUCAUACCCGAAUAUGAACAAUUAAUUAUUGAACAGACUAAAGAAGAAGUUGAUGACACCGUUUUCAAUUUUCAAGAUUCAAUCGAUCAUCGUAUUGAUAAUGUGCAAAUUUUGAACAAGAAAGGUUUUUAUGCCAUACGAGUGCCAAGACAUCAUACAUUCACUUCUAUAUUAACAAAAUUAGCUGUUCAUUCAAAUAAAUUUAAUCUUCAUUUUAUUUCGAGUCAAGGCGGUCCCAUUCAGGCUGAACUUCUAAUCUCAAAUAAUAAUGUGCAACGUGUAUUGUGGUUAAAACAGCAAGCGAGUAUUAAUGUUAUCUAUGAAUAUAAGAAUCCAAUCGAUAGUACACAAAUAAAUAUGAUUAUCGAUAUCAAAAUUAAAGAAUUAUUUUCAUUUAUAAGGGAUUGCGAAAAGUUUAAACUCGAUGAUUCCAUAAAAAUUGUUCAAAUUUUUGACUAUUUUGAAUAA